AUGAAGUUCAUUUCGGGGGCCCCUAGGGGCCCCUUUUCUCUUUUACUUUUCUUUUUAAUCUUUUUAAUUUCAAGUAUUGCUUGCUGCGCCUCCCCUGACGAGGAAAUCGCAGUAAACCCCUACGGGGAUUCGCCCAAGCCUGUGCCUUCCAGCAGAUCGAAACUGGCAAACCCGAGGCUGGACGGGGAGCCACAGCCCUCAGCAGCAGCAGCAGCAACAGCAGCAGCAGCAGCAGCAGCAGCAGUCCCGCCGCCUUUGCCCGUAAACCCUCCCGUGGGGCCCCCCCUGUUAUCGCUGCCCCCUCUGGCGGCGGGGCCCCCCCCUCGCGACUCCGUCUCGAGGGAGUUCCCCCAGGCGGGGCCCCCGGGGGGCCCCCCGGGGGCCCCCGGGCAGGAGCUGGGGCCCCUCGGGGGCGCCCCGGGGGGCCCCCCCGGGCCCGGGGGCCCCCCCGGGGGGGCCCCCGGGGGGCCCCCCGGGGGGCCCCCCGGCCUCAGCAGGGCCCAGGCUCUGGCCAUGUUCAUGGAAGACGUGUCUGGAGUUGUGCGGAAGGCGUGGGCUUUGCUGUGGCUGCCUCGAAUCCGAAGGGGCCUUGCUGCUGCUGAGGAGCUGCGUGCUGCAGCAGCAACAGCAGCAGAAGGGGAGCGGCUUGCUGCAGCAGAGAAGGUGCGGGUGUUUACAGCCCUGACGGACUCUGCGCAGCACUUAAUAGGGCAGGUGGCGGGGCAGUAUUUGCUGCUGCAGCAGCGCAACUUGUUCAAGUACUUCGUGGCGCAUGUUGCUGCUGCUCUCGAGUUCUCUUUUGUUUAUUCUCUCAAGCUGCUGCAGCGGCCUGCUGCUCCUGUGGGGCCCCUAGCAGCAACAGCAUUUGAGGAGGAAAGAGCUGCUGCUGAGGAAGCAGCAGAGCCCCAAAUCCUCAGGCCAGACGGCACCCUCGUUGCUGCGCCUCCCGCCAUGCUGCAGCAGCACCAGCAGCAGCAGCAGCAGCAGCAGCAGCAGCAGCAAGACGCCCACUUCCACCAGCAGCACCAGCAGCACCAGCAGCACCCGCAGACCCACCCGCACAACAACCAGUAG